CCGCCGCCGGGCAGUGCGGGCGGCGCGAGGCGCGGCGGGGCAGCGGCGGCAUCCCUGGCACCAAAUCGCAGUAGCCGUUGAGCAGAUACGUUGGGUUUGCGUGGCUUGGCUGCGUUGCAGCAUCCGUGCGGCCUACCCAUGAGCUCAGACUUCCAGCAUUACAGUUUCAGGAUGCCGAACAUCGGGUUCCAGAACCUGCCUCUCAACAUAUACAUCGUGGUUUUUGGCACCGCCAUCUUCGUCUUCAUCCUCAGCUUGCUCUUCUGUUGCUACUUGAUCAGGCUCAGACAUCAAGCACACAAAGAGCUUUACGCCUACAAACAGGUUAUACUCAAGGAAAAGGUGAAGGAGCUGAACCUACACGAGAUCUGUGCCGUUUGCCUGGAGGAGUUCAAGCCCAAGGAUGAGCUGGGGAUCUGUCCCUGCAAACAUGCCUUCCACAGAAAGUGCCUCAUCAAGUGGCUGGAGGUGCGGAAGGUCUGCCCGCUCUGCAACAUGCCGGUGCUGCAGCUGGCCCAGCUGCACAGCAAGCAGGACCCCGGCCCCCCCCAGGGACCCCUCCCCGGGGCUGAGAACAUCGUAUAGCUCCACCCUCCCGGGGACUGCCCCACCGCCCGCCCCGGGGACUCGGAGACAACCAAAGCACUGCGGCACGGAGGGGCUGGGGCGGGCCCGGACACUGCCGGCCCUGCGGGGAGCCCGCAGCACUUUAAAGGCCCACGGGGAAAUACCCCGCGCCCCACAAACCUGUCCC